AUGGUUGCUGUUAUACAUCCUUCCCCACGACUUUGCCCCCGCUGCACAUCCUUCCCGUGGCCAUCAAACCCUGAUUACAAUGAGCCCAUGUUUCAAGAUCUAACGCUUAGCGAUACCUUUUAUUGUCUUCAAAAUUCAGCAGAUCGGGGUUUCGUACUAAGGCUUUUCAUAUGCAACGGCCAAUUGCUUCUAACACCGAUAAUAAAGCAUGAGGGCGAAUUAGUCCUUCGUAGUGCAGGACCGAAUGGUGACUUUCACUCGGAGUCACCUAGAAUGGGGGACUACUAUUCGCAUGCGGCUUGCUGUAUCUCUGCAUCGGCCGCAAAUGAUAGUUCAGAAGGAAUUUUAACUGAACGCCCGAUCGCAAGAUUCCCAAUGGACGACAUUGCCUUGAGGCUUGCCAGCCACCAGACAGAUGAGCUAAGAUAUCACCUAUUCAAAGCGAACGACUACAACCCAUCGCUGAAGCAUAGCCUCCUCAUGUCGCCGAUAACGAAACGCGGAUGGUGCUUGCAAGAGACAGCACUCCCGAAGCGGAUACUUCAUUGGACUGCCCAAGGCCUCUAUCUUGAAUGCCAAAGCUCUCUUUUCCUAGAAGGCAGAAAAACCCCAUUGGAAGAUUCACCUUUUUCCAAAGCUGACUCUUCACCAAGAGUAGUCAUGAGGAUGCCCGAUAAAGACAUACUUUUCUACAAUGGAUGGUAUCAGCUUGUUGCUCAGUUCUCAAACACCCAACUGACAUACGAGACGGAUCGACUGUACGCCAUCCAUGGACUUGCAUCUAUAUUAAUCCAAAGGUUGAAAGCUGAAUAUUUCAAUGGUCUCUUUCGAACGAGUCUUGCCGAGGGGCUUCUGUGGUAUCACUCAAACCUUGAGCAUGAAUCAUACAAGAGACCCAUCAACGCACAACUACCAUCUUGGUGCUGGGCAUCUAGCUGUCCCGUUCGCUUUAUGAGGAUUGAUCAGACGCCCGUAUUUAUCACAGAUGAUCACCCAGAGCGGCCUCUGCAAUUCCCUACACAUUCAGAGGCUCUGAAUAUGGUAGAAAGCACCGCUCCGAGGCUAUACAUCAGAGCCCCCGUUAUCCAACUCUUGAUUGGGAGAAAUAACAAGGCGUUUGUGAAGGAUAAGGUUUCGGGGCAUACGGAGCCUUGCUCAUGUACCUAUUUCCUGGACAGAAAUCGUAGAGUCAUGCAGAGCAUGCCUUACACUCCUGCCGUCAACGGGGAAUGGGAACAGGAUCAGAGCGUAAGCGUGUUAUGGUUGCCAGUAGGGCAAGCAGUACGUUAUUUUAAUUCACCGAUAGUGGGGCUAUUAGUGCAUGAGUUGCCUGAGGAAGGAAAGGGGGUAUACCGCCGGUAUGGAGUUUUGGAGUAUUACAAGAUGCAAGACCAAGAAAACAGAAGCUUCAGAGACGUUGAGGAUAUAAUUUUAAUUUAG